AUCCCUUGUCGCUGUAACUAAUUGACUUACAUAUGUUCAUUCAAACCGCCGUCAUGCUCGUCGACGGGGGUGUGUGGAGAAUAAAAUGGCCUUGCGUGCCACCGACUUUUGAAAGAUUCUCACGACUGAUAUCUGGCUUUGAACAGCAGAAUACUGGUGUCUCAGGCAAACAAUUCACGGCCAAAAAAUGACUGAGAACGCAGAGAACACCCAGGUCUUUGACAGGACCACGCUGGAAGAUGAUGCAGUUGCACAACUCGGUUACCAGCAAGAGUUGAAACGAUCCUUCGGCUUGCUGGGCAUGGUUGGCUUCAGCUUUAGUAUCGUCACCAGCUGGACUGCUCUCGGAGGGACGCUUAUUAUCGGCGCCGAAUCUGGAGGACCUCCCGUCAUGAUCUGGAGUUGGAUCGGAAUCUGUCUUUUCACAUUGGCCGUUGCCUAUUCCAUGGCUGAGAUGUGCUCCGCCUAUCCUCUUGCCGGUGGGCAGUACUCAUGGGUCGCGGUCCUUGCACCCCCAAAGGUUGCCCGCGGUCUGUCAUGGAUCACUGGUUGGUUCAUGGUGACAGGCGUUCUCGCCAUGGGUGCAACCAACAACUUUGUGGCGGCCAACUUCAUCCUUGGACAAGCGAACCUGGCCAACCCCGGUUACACCAUUGAAAGAUGGCACACUGUGCUCGUGGCUUAUUGCAUCGUCGCAAUUUGCAUAGUCACCAAUAUCUGGGGUCGCCAGAUCCUCGAUAAAUUAUCAACAGGCAUUUUGUUCUGGAACAUUACGUCCUUCGUUAUCGUGAUUGUCGUUGUGCUCGCCUGCAACGACAAUAAGCAGUCUCCUUCUUUUGUAUUCAAGGACAUGCAGAAUUUUACUGGCUUUGGGACUGCUUUUGCUGCCCUGAUCGGUAUCUUGCAGAGCGCUUUCGGCAUGUGCUGCUACGAUGCACCAUCGCAUAUGAUCGAAGAGAUGCGUGACGGUCGCAAACAGGCCCCGAGAGCCAUUAUCCUUUCUGUGGUGAUUGGAUGCUUUACUGGUUUCGUAUUCCUCAUCGCCAUUUGUUUUUGUAUCAAGGAUCUGGCAUCGACUGGAGAAACCUCCACUGGUGUACCUUUGAUUCAAAUCUUCUACGACUCUACUGGGUCCAAGGUUGGAACAUGCUUCUUAACCUCAAUGAUCAGCGUCAUUGCGCUGGUGGCGUCCAACUCUUUGCUCGCCGAAGGCUCUCGUGCCCUCUACGCAUUUGCGCGCGACAAUGGACUUCCUUUCUCCAGUUUCUUCUCCAGGGUCGACUCCAAGAAGAAGGUUCCAAUUUUUGCCCUCCUCCUGGCGGCCCUUGUCCAGGUCGCUCUUGAUGCUAUCUACUUUGGCACCGUGACUGGUUUCGAAACCGUCAUCUCCAUCUCAACGGAAGGAUUCUAUCUCUCCUACGCGAUGCCGAUUCUCGUCCGAAUCUUGAAUCACUUGACUGGAACCCACCAGAAUAUUGGAGGUUCUUGGCAACUUGGACGUUGGGGACUUCCUCUGAACAUUGUCGCCUUCUUGUUCCUCAUCUUUUGCUCGAUUACAUUCAACUUCCCCACUGAAAAUCCUGUCACUAAGGAUAACAUGAACUACACGUCAGCUGCCAUUGGUGUCAUUGGCGUUAUUAGCCUCAUCACCUGGAUCACUACCGGACGUAAACACUUCAGCGGGCCCUUGACGCAUACACGGGCCGAGGAAGUCGUGGGGAUGCACGGUACCCCGCCAGUUGAGAGUGAUGCCGCCGCAGAGAAACAAGGAUUGGCCAAUUGAUUUGUUGCGAUGAAUGGGAAGAAGCGGUUUGCUUGGUUUCUUCGCCGGGCUUUAUUCCAAAGUCAUCUUGUUUUUUUUUUGCUUUCUUGAUUUUUCUAUUAUACCUUUCUGGAAUAUAUUAGAGUCCCAAUGUGUGGGGCAUUUGGCAUGGGAGUCAUUUCAAGCGUACAGAGAAUUAUAAGACCUCAUUCUACCAUGAUUCAAGAC